CAAUCAGAUGUUGGGGGUCGCAGUGACUCAGUGAGUGAGGCAGAGUGGCCGUCUCUCCUUUUUAUUUUUAAGUUAGGCGGUUUUUGGGGCCCUUGAGCAGCCGUGAUGAGCGAGUUCGUGUGGGGGCUGAAGAACGGCGACCUGGACCAGGUGAUGGAGGCCGUGGAGAAGAAAGGAACUGACGUCAAUCUAGCAAUUGAGGGUCGCCCACCACUCUGCCUUGCCUCUGACUAUGGCCAACUAGACAUCAUCAAAUAUCUACUAGAGAAGGGAGCUAAUGUGGAGUCAACAGAUAAACAUGGAAUCACUGCACUACUAGCUGCCAUCUGGGAAGGUCAUACACAAUGCGUCAAAGUGCUCCUCGAAGCAGGAGCCGACAAAAAUGGCACUGCACCCGAUGGCACGAGUUACUUGGAUGCUGCAGAGAAGGACGAGAUCAAAGCCUUGUUGAGAUAAACCCAGUCUUGCAGUAGGUGCUGUGGGAGUGUGAGGGCUGGUGUACACACUGAUGAAUUGCCUGACAGAUGUUGAACAGAAAAAACUUAUAACUUCAUUAUAUGUGAAGGGUAUCUUCUUGCAGUCCUAGAUGUCUCCAUAUCAAUACUGAUUGUGAUGUCAAAGCCAAUAAUUGGAUUGAUAUCAAUAUGAAUAAGACAACAUGGUCAAGGUUGGUCAAGUUUUAUAUGCUAGAUGCUGUCAAAUUCUUCUAACAGAAUUCUUAACUAUAUUUUAUCUGAAGCCAUUGGUACUUGUGGUGUUUAACUAAAUUGUAUAACAAGAAUAAUUAUAUAAAUUUCAUUAGACUGGACAUUUUUUUAUAGAAAACUUACUAAUUUAACUAGCCAUAUUGUAUCCAACAGUAGACCUUUUACUCCGCCAGUUUGCAUUAUUCAAUUUAUUAACUUGCUAACCCUAGGGAAAGAAAUUCAGUGCUUCGGUUUAAUGCACUGCCGUCCAGAAAUAAGAAAUUAAGAGCAAAAUCUAAUCCCUAACAAUCAGAUGUCAUAAUUAGGAAUGACCCAUUGGUAUAUAUCACAAGAAACUCCACUUAGUUAUUGGAAAGGUGUAAGUAAUUCUCUUAAUUCUUAAUUAGAAUGAGAAAUGGCUUUAUUUGCAAUCAAAUUGUAUAAAAAACUGACCUUAAAUAAAGCAAUAUAGGGCAUAUAUAGCAAAAGUUAUGCUGUGGUAUCUCGUUAAUAAUGUACAGUUUAAAUAAUGAUGUAUCAUGAUGUUGACUAAAAAAAAUGGCAAAUUUUACUUGGUAAUUUCAGUUUGAGUAAUUUAAAUUUUUUAUGUCCCCGUGUUUUUAAAAUGAUCAACAUUUCUAGCGGCUUGUGACAUUAUACAUUUAAAAAAUA